AUGUCCUUCUCCGAGAAUGGAGACUGGACCUUCUUGGAGAACAACACGUUUGAGAAUGCACUUGCAGAGCUCAACCUCGAUGGCCCCGACUGGCUCGAACAGCUAACAGAGAUUCUCCCUUCAAAGACCAUCGACCAGGUGAGGGACCAUUACAUUGAUCUUGUGAUGGAUAUCGACUUGAUAGAAUCUGGACGCUACAUGGAGCAUCAGUACACAGACUCUGAGAAGAACAAGAUGGAUGGAGACCUAGAGUUUCCCUUGCCUUCAGUGCAUGGAUCAGGAACGUCCUCGUCUGAGGCCAUGGAUCAAACAGCUGGAGUAGUGUUCUCGGGAUAUGUGGACAAUAUGAUGGCUCUCGACACUGACUCUGAGAAACAACAUUUAGAGAGGUUGGUGCCGGGAGGGACGAGAAGGCUACUUAGGGUUGCAGAACCUGCAUCCAGGAAGGGGGUGAAUUGGACCGAGGAGGAGCACAGGCUGUUCCUUAUGGGGUUGAACGUGUAUGGGAGAGGUGAUUGGAAGAACAUCGCUAAGUACUUCGUCACCACCAGAACCCCAACGCAGGUCGCCAGCCAUGCCCAGAAGUACUUCAACCGCAUGGAACACGCACGCAACGUGGGGAAGCGCCGCCCGAGCAUACAUGACAUCAGAAACAUCACCGCCCCUUUGCGCACCGAAGCACAGAUCAUGAGCAUAUACGAUCUGGUAGACUGGAAGAAACCUUUCGUCGUCGGCCAUGGCUACCAGCUUCGGCCCGCUGCAAGUCCCCCACUACUGUCGUCGAUCUCGGCGGCAGCGGUGGAGCGGGAAGCCGGUGCUGCUCCUGCUUCAUCUCUUGAUACUGGUCAACCAUCUUUGAUACCAGAACAGUCGAACACCAUGGGAACGACUGAUCCAACAUCUUGGUCGAAGAAGAGCAACUAG